UUUCCCAAACGAGCAAAAGGGUUUGUUAAUUUUUAGAUGGAAAGAGGCCUUGAUGCACUCACUUUAGUUUAGAAUGAGUAUAUGAUGACAGAAAUGGAAUCCCCCCUUGAAUUUAGCUGCCUCAUAACAUGUUUUUUUCUUAGUAUCAUCAUUAUUACAUCAGUAUCUUUUUUCUUUUUCUUUUUAUAACCCAAACUUUCCUCACUCUCUCUCUAGGGAUUUUAAGUUUAAGACAGAGAAAAUUCAAUCUUCCAAGCUUUGGAGUUUGAAGAAAUUUGAAGAAAUGGAUGAGUUUUACAGGCUUAACAACCCUGUCAUGGCCUCAUAUUCUAAUGGUGUUCUUGGAGGUGAAGCCAUUGCUAGCACCAGCUGUGGUGAUAUUCAUGAAGCUCUAAUGGUGGAUGAUGAACUGCUUCACCUUGAAGCAGAGCCCACCACUGGCUUGAACAUGUCUGACAUGAUUAAGACUCAGAUUAUCAACCAUCCCCUUUACCCCAAAUUGGUUUCUGCUUACAUUGAAUGCCAAAAAGUUGGAGCUCCACCACAAGUGGCUUCUCUUCUUGAAGAAAUUGGCCGUGAAAAUCAUCCUUCUAGAUCUUGUAUUGAGUUGGGAGCUGAUCCUCAACUAGACAACUUUAUGGAGUCAUACUGUGAGGUUCUUCAUCAAUAUAAGAAUGAGCUAUCCAAGCCAUUUGAUGAAGCAGCCAUGUUCUUGACCAACAUUGAAUUGGAGCUAAGCAACCUGUGUAAAGGAUCGUUUACUGCAACGUCCGAAUCUCGUUCCGUCAUCAACGACGAAGUAGCCAAGACUCCAGAGGAAGAACCGAGCAGCUACGGGGAGGUAGAAACGACAGGGAAUCACGAGCCGUUCAGCACACGAAAAACAAACCAAGACCUCAAAGAAAUGCUGCUAAAGAAGUACAGUGGGUAUCUAAGCAGUUUGAAGAAGGAAUUCUUGAAGAAGAGGAAGAAGGAGAAGCUGCCAAAGGAUGCAAGAAUGGCUCUACUUGAGUGGUGGAGUACUCAUUAUAAAUGGCCUUAUCCUACAGAAGAGGAAAAAUCAAAACUCUCUGUUAUCACUGGUUUGGAUCAAAAGCAGAUCAAUAACUGGUUCAUAAACCAGAGAAAGCGGCAUUGGAAGCCGCCCGAAGAUAUGCGGUUCAUGCUCAUGGACGGGGCUGGGGCCGGGGUCGGGGACGGGGAAUGCAUCAAAGGAUUGAAUCAGGCCAUAUAAUUUGAUUUAGCUUCUUCUGUAGUUUAUCUUCUCUUCUUCCCCUUUGUUUUCUUUGGUUUUGUAGACUUAGAAUUUCUCGACGUUAGACAGAAACACGUGAAUAUAUUAGAACGUAAAAGUGUUUGUAACAACCCGACUUUCCGUACACGUAUGUUUCAAACUCGUUAC